AUGUCAUCAAAGUCAGAAGGCGGGAAGCGCAAAGCUACAGCACCCAUAUCACCACCGCCCACGAAACGAUCAGUGCCGAGCGGAACCACCAAGAGUGCGGUUUCUAAUUUCUUCACUCCAACCUCGCAAAAACCGAAAGAUCGAACAUCAUGGUCCGAGCGAAAAGACGACCCUAACAAGCCAGCAACGUUACUUGUUGGCAAAUAUACACCAGAGGCAGAGAGCAAGGAUACACAAAAACGACGGAAAAUUGCGGCUUUCGACUUGGAUUCGACGCUGAUUGCCACAAGCUCCGGAAGGAAGCACUCGAAAGAUGCAUUAGACUGGCGGUGGUGGGAUAAGCAAGUGCCCCGGAAACUAAAGGAGCUCUACGAGGACGGCUACCAUGUCGCUAUCCUAUCUAACCAAGGUGGCCUAACGCUUCAUGUUGACCCGAAACAAAAGGCACCGCAAAAGCAUACGGCGAAGCGAGUUGGCGAAUUCAAAGAAAAAGGAUCGGCUGUACUGCGAUACCUCGAUUUACCCGUCACGAUAUAUGCUGCGACGGGGAAGGAUAAUUUCAGGAAGCCACGAAGAGGGAUGUGGGAUGAAAUUCUCAAGGACAUGGGUGUGGAAGCAGACGACAUUGACUUGGAGCAGAGCGUGUUUGUGGGUGAUGCUGGCGGCCGCGUGGCUACCGUCUCAAAUGGCGCGGUGAUUGUUAAAGACUUUAGUUGCUCGGACCGAAAUCUUGCCCACAACAUUGGCGUACCUUUCAAGACGCCAGAGGAGUAUUUCUUAGGACACGAGCCGCGCAGGUGGGAGCGCGACCUGGACCUGGUACACUACCCCCUCGGGGGCGAAGAUGGUCAAGUCGCGCUAUUUGAGAAAAGAAACAGCAAGGACAUUGUGCUAUUUUGUGGACGACCCGGAGCCGGAAAAAGCACAUUCUACUGGAAGCAUCUCGAGCCGCUGGGCUACGAGCGCGUAAAUCAGGACACCCUCAAGACGAGGGAGAAAUGCAUCCAAGCAGCCAAAGAAUUUCUCGACGACGGGUCCUCCGUAGCAGUGGAUAAUACAAACGCCGACCCAGCUACGCGUAAAAUCUGGAUAGACCUAGCCGGCUCCUUCAAAGUGCCUAUCCGCUGUGUGUCGUUUACGACACCGGCGGCCGUUUGCCGGCACAAUGAUGCUGUGCGAUCGCUGAACAAGUCGCUGAACCCAGAGGACAGAGAGGUGCUCCCGGAGAUGGCCUUUUCCGGGUUCCAGAGCCGGUACAAGCCUCCGCAAGCCAGCGAGGGAUUUCAGGACGUUACAGAGGUUGAAUUUAGGUUCCGCGGCACCAAAGAGGAUUACGAGAUUUGGGGGCGAUACUGGCUGUAG